AUGGACCACAAGAUCAUCUUCAAGGUCAUCACCGGAGAUCUCUGCGCGAGAGACUUCGUGGUUCCCUGCACCGGCCAAGGCCUUUCGCCGGCUUUGGAGUUCUCGGAGACCAAGCUGGACCUGGCUUCCAUCCCUGUGAACUCCAGCAGCCGGGAGUCGGUGAUCGUCACCAACGUGUCCAAGGUGCCGCAGUCCAUCAACUUGCUGAUGCCAGAAUACGAGCUCAGCACUUUGAAGGCCACGCCGGUGUGCUGCACAUUGGCGCCGCAAGAGUCCAAGCGCCUGCAGAUUGAGUUCAAGCCCUCGCAGGAGUUUGUGGAUUUGCUGAAGCUUCCGCCCAAGGAGGCGAAGCCGGAGGAAGCGGCCGAUGAAGACGCGGCGGAAGAAGAGGAUCCGGAAGCGGAAGCAGAGGAGCAUAGGCGCCACCUGCUGACCGACAUCCGUAUGCACGGAGGUCGGCGAUGGCAAGCAGAGGGCGGCACUGUGCACAGCUCCUGGCGCCUGCCUAUUUGCUUCCGGCCUGCGAGCUUACGAGAUACUCGGGAUCAGAUGGUCUUCCUGGGGGUGAACACAUGCGUGCUGCCCAGCGUGCUGGCGCUGACCCCCCAGAAGCUGGACUUCGGGGAUAUCACGGCGGGCCAGCGCCAAGUGCUGCCUUUGGUCAUCACCAACCUCUCCACGGAGGGUCCACAGGAGCUGCACAUGGAGGCGCUCCCGGAGAACCAGUGCUUCACGGUGCUCAACGCCCCGCGCUCCGUGGGGGAUCGGCCCUUCCAGUUCAUGAUCGAGUUCAAGCCUCAGCUCGUGCAGAUCUAUCAGUGCAUGCUGUCUCUGCGGACACAGAACACCCGUGUGCAGGUUCCGCUGCGGGGCAAGGGCGUGUGCCCUGUGCUGAAGAUCGAGCCCCAGGAGAUGGCGUGA